AUGUAUGAUGAUAGAGAAAUUGAGGUCUUGUUUCUCUCUUCUGGCAGGCUAUUUGACUAUAUUCAAGGAAAGAACAAUUAUGAAGAGAAGAUAGAGAUGACAGCCCCAGUGCUCUCUGAAGUCUCGCCUAGUGAUGGAUCUUUAUGUGAGUCCUCAUUUGUUGUUAGCUUUUAUGUACCAAAAGUUAACCAAGCAAACCCGCCUCCAGCCAAAGGCCUUCAAGUCCAAAGGUGGAAUCCUGUGUAUGCAGCAGUGAGACAAUUCAGCGGAUUUGUGGUUGACUCAGAUGUUGGAGUGGAAGCUGCUGCCUUGCAAGCCAGCCAUGUUGACACGGUUUGGUCUGCUGCCAUUGAGAAAAGCCAUGGAGCUGAUCACACAUCAGUCUACACCGUCGCAGAGUACAAUUCCCCAUUUGAAUUUGAUGAUAGGGUGAAUGAGAUAUGGAUGUUGUUUGAUAUGGAAGAUGACUUUACAAUGUGAGAAGAAUAUCUGAAAAGAUGAAAGACUAUGCUAAUCACAUCAAUUUGAAGAGAUGUACUCCUGUGUAGAGGAAAAAUGGUUAAGCUUAAUGUGGGAACUCAAUAUACUAAAUACUAAACUUGUGUUAGUGCAACCCACCAUUCCAUUUCCUCAUGU